GCCCCCUCCUCUCACCCCGCCUGCUCGGCGGUGGAGGCGGCGGUGGCGGCAGCGCCUGUCCCUGCCUCUCCGCCAUCUCCAGCCCGGCCUAUCUCCCGGCCGGCGUUGGCGGGGAGGGGGACAGUAGUUGUAGACGCCCGCCCCUGCCUCAGAGAAGCCACCGGGAGACCUCGGCCUCUCCUUCCCGAUGAGUACACUUCAAAGGAAUGGCUUUCAGGUCUUUGAGAAGGACACUCCUGAGUUGUAGGAGGGACACAUCCUUCUCAAAGACAGGAAGAAGUCACAAUCCAAAUUCAACUUCCUGCCUCUCACCAACAAGUAAGCCUGAGCAGUUUAUAGAUGUUCAGACUACAACUCAGUUUGGCUCUCAUAGCCAGAUCACAGGAAGCUUUGGAAACAGCUUCUCAUGGAAAAACAGUUUUUGGCCAGCUUCUGAUUGUUGCACAGUCUGACCAUUUGGGGAAAGUCCAUACUAGAAAACUGAACCAGUUAAUGGGAGAAUAUGAUCAUAUUUCGUCACCAAGUUUCCAGCCUGAUAAGGAGAAUCCCUUGUUGUCAACCUAAUGAAGCAUUCAAAGAAAACAUAUGACUCUUUUCAAGAUGAACUUGAAGAUUAUAUCAAAGUGCAGAAAGCCAGAGGCUUAGAGCCAAAGACUUGUUUCAGAAAGAUGAGAGAGGACUAUUUGGAAACUUGUGGGUACAAAGAGGUUGAUUACAGACCGAGGUAUAGAAUGUUUGAUCAUAGACCCUCACCUGAGACUGUCCAGACCUACCCAGGAUCAUGCCCUAUUUCACAAAAGGUGGAAAACCCGUUACCUCAGUGGCUACCAGCUCAUGACAGCAGGCUAAAUUUAGAUUCCUUGAGCUACUGCCAGUUCACCAGGGACUGUUUCAUAGAAAAACCAGGACCCCUGAACCUUAGUCAGCGAGCAUAUAACUGUCGCUCAUACGGUGUGGAAUCCGGAGUUUACAACCAUCUCUCCUCAGAAAACAGUGCCAGCGCCCAUCAAACCAGUCAUAAACAGAUGCGUCAGCAGGGGAAAUGGCGCCCCGAGGAAGGCAGAGGAAAACCAGAGGAGGAGCGGCCCAAGCAUAAGAGGAAAAAAGGUUGUGAGGAAAUAGAUUUAGACAAACACAAGAACUUGCAAAGAAAUGAAACACAGAUGGAAACAGGCAUGGUCAGUAGAGAAAAGCUUAAGAACCGAAAGGAGAGAAAAGGCCGAGAUGUGGCCUCUAAGAAAGAGGAACGUAGGCGUAGAAAAGAGAAAAAGGAACAAGGUAAAGAGAGGACAGAGGAAGAAAUGCUUUGGGACCAGUCUAUCCUUGGAUUUUGAAGAUAACUGAGUUUGUUCUCCUGAGGUUAAGUUGAAAAAAUAGUCGAGGAGCUUGGUUUUACGAUGUUCAUGUUCAUAUCGAUUUUUUCAUGUGAACAGGUACUUUAAUUUCCAACAGCAGGCCAAGUGAACAGAAAGUAUUUAAUAUGCUUACUCUCCGGGAUGGAAAUUACUUUUCCUCAUUUCCUGAAAGCAUUCUUACAUUUUUCUUCUCUAUAGUGUAAUUUUUCUUAAUGAGAGUGGCAUUGCUUUUUUUUUUCAUCAAAUUGCUAUGAUAGUAGAAGUAUUUUCCCUUGGGAGGUCAUUUAUUUUAAAUUGGAGUAUUAAUAGGCUUUGCAGAAUCUAUUUCUUGAUUAGGUUUGUUUUCAUUUGGGGUGGAGUAUUUUUACAUUCAUUAGUUUUCUCUAUGACACAAUUUAGACAUAUUUUUUUCCUUUGUUAGACCUAUCCUGCAGUGCAUUUUCUAGAUUGUAAAGUGGAAAAUGAAAUACAUUAUAAUAAGCUAAGGUUACAUAUAGCUUUAAAAGUUUCAAAGAGUCUUGAUAUAAAAUCGAUUUAUAUUCUGGAAAUAUUUAUAAUAAAGUGUUCUAAUUUCUGCA